AUGCACCCGGGAGUGCGGAAUCUGCAGUCAUUGAUUGAGGAGGCGUGGAGUAAAGGGUUUGAUGAAGAGGGUGCUGAACAACUCAAACGUAACCUGGUCGGUACUGGCAAGUAUAUCGGCACGGCAGAGCUGUACGUUGCGUUUACAUAUCGAGGAAUCCCAGCACGUCUAGCAGAUUUCGAUCUUAAUGAUGGCGUAGAAGUGUUACUCAAUUGGGUGCUUCAACAUUUCUGUAUGACGGACACACCUCCCGUCAUGCUGGACGAAGAUUUGAGUAGUAAAGCUUCCGUCAUCGUGACUGAAAAAAUGCCACUCAUCUUUCAGCACGAUGGGCACUCGCGCACAAUUGUGGGAUGUGAACGAUGCGCAGAUGGCUCUAUAAAUCUCCUCAUCUUCGAUCCCUCUAGGUAUAUCCCUCCUAAUGUGCGGGAUGCAGGGUUGAGAUACCAUGCGACCGACCUCUCGGGUGGCACGACUAGCAGUCAACCUGUCUCUCUGUCGAAUGUGCUACAUGAGGCGUUACACCCAGUGCAGACAAUCAAGGCUCACAAACGCAAGGCUGAUAACACUUCAACACACGAAUCAUCCAAGAAGCAUCGUGGAGGCUCCGGAAGCAUAGAUGGUCUCACGAACGAUGUCACCCGAAAUGGCGGUUUGGGCCCUACUACUGGAAGGAAUGAAGUGCAGCCAGAUGCGUCUAAAGUUCUCGGGAUAUUCAGGCUAAAUGCAAAUAAACUGAAGAGGAAACGCCAAUACCAAAUUCUAUACUUCCCCUUAACAGACCCUUUAACGGAGAUUGAGAGGCGGGCCAGGCGGCUGGUGACCUCGUUGAAGAUUCACUAA